AUAUGAUAAUUUGAUAACCGCUGUUGGCGAUGUGAUUUCAUUUCUUCAGUGUACUUUGAGCAUUGAACGGGUUGAAAGUUGAGCCGUUUGGUUAAUAAUUGGGUGAACUUUUGGUUCUCGUUUACCCAUCUCGUAGUAAAAUUAAUAGUGAAGCAAAAUCUUUAGUUGAAUUUGACGUGUAUUUCGUGGAGCCAAUUUUUCCACAAUAACCAUGGAUACUCCUUCCGUCGACGUCCUCAGACCUGUGAUAACAGACUUGAUUGUAUUUUUUUCACUUGGAAGUUUCGAUUUAUACACGGCCAAGAUAAUGAAACCAUUCAGAAGAGGUUUCUUCUGCGACGAUACAUCCAUCAGAUAUCCGUACUCAGAGUCGACAGUACCAGCCCUGGUGUUGAACAUUGUAGGAACAUUGAUUCCUUUAUUGCUGGUUUUCAUCGGCGAAUACCGCGAUCAGAGACGUAACAAGAAGACGAAUUCGUCGUAUCAUUUCGGAAGAUAUAAGAUCAAGGCGUACUAUUGGAGCGUGUACCAGAAAAUAGUUUGUUUCGCUAGCGGAGCUCUGUUCACUUUGCUGAUAACGGAUGUGGCGAAAAAAGUCAUCGGACGGCUGAGACCGAAUUUUAUAGAUGUGUGUCGUAUCGAUAUGAGAAACGUUUGCAAAACCAUUAAUUACGAGUACAUCACCAACUACACGUGCGCUGAAGGGGAUAGCGUUGUUAAUGAAAGCAGAGUAUCGUUUCCUUCGGGUCAUUCGAGUUUUUCAUUUUACGUUGCAGUUUUCAUCGUGUUAUACUUGGAAAAAAGACUCAAAACGAGGACAUUCUUUUUGAAACCGGCUAUCCAAUUUUUGGUCAUCUUAUUAGCCUGGUUCGUAGCCCUGAGCCGAGUCAUGGAUAAUAAACAUCAUUGGAGUGAUGUCCUAUGCGGAAUUCUUAUCGGUAGCUCCGUAGCUAUAAUCAAUACGGGCUUAGUUCAUUCGAUGUUCGAAGAUAGGAAACCGUCGUCAGCUUCUCCUGCUGCUGCAAAUGGAAACCGUACGAAUGGUGUUUCGCACGAAGCACACGAUCAGCUGUGAAUUACGAGCUGUAGGCUGCUGACUCCGAGAAGACGUAUUUUGUAAAAAAAAAAAUCUAUCAGUAUUAAGCUUCUAUAUUUUUGUAUGUUAUUCCUGUCCUAUCCGCCCCGUUGACUAAUUUUAUACGUAAUGUAAAAAUCCUUCUUUUCUCCCUCUCCCAAAAUGUACUUACCUGUACUCAUUCCGAACUGCUGAUAUAUACGAAGAGGAAUCUCGAUAGUGAUAACAAAAUCGGAAUUCGAUUUAGAUUUAUUCGUUUCUUAUGUGUAGUUUUGACGUCGACGUCUACGUCUGUCUAUACCAACGUAAUAUUUAAUUUUGUGAAUUUAUGUGAGGUCAUAGGGUAACACUGCGAGUGCGUUUUCGACGUAUAUCUGGGCUCCGUAAAAAAUUUAUUGUUGAUUUUAAUUGGCUUGAUUGGUUCAAAGGGUCAAACUCGUGUUGAUUCUUUUACCACUCGAGUCUUCGUCCUUUGAAUAUUACUAUCUGAUGUGUCUUUUUAUCUCUGCUGUAAAAAAAAAUCGUAAAAUGAGAUCUGUAUUUUUUUUUGACGUGGCAAUAUUGACCAAAAUGUCGAUAUCGAAAAGUCGAAUGAAAAUGUAAACAAAUUAUAAUUUUUUUGUUUCACCUGCGAGUACAAUAAUUUAUGUAAUUUUUUGUUUUAACUUAUACGUUAAGAUUUUUUUUUAAAAAAAAGUACCUAAUCAUUUAAAGAACUGAACGUUGAAAAAAAAGGACUCCGGUGGCUGUUUCUAAAACAUUUCCAAAAAUUAUGGAAGAUGUAUCAAUCGCAAUACUCGAUUUUUUUUAAAACAAAAAAAUGAUUUCUUGAAUUUUUUUUUUUUGAAAAAUAUAGAAAAUGUUUUAAAUGAACCAUAACUAAGAGUAAUAUAUUUUUUAAGCACGCUUUUUUUUUAAUUCCAUAAGAAAUAGAUAGUUUUAUUUUAGCUCUAGGUCAACUUUCACAUUCCUAAUUUUUUUCCCUCCGCUGUUCUUUGUGUGAAGUUAAUUUAUUGAAUUUUUUAAAUUUUGUUGCGUUUUGAUAAUUUUUAUUUUUUUUUCCUCUUUUUUUGUAUGUGUGUUUAAAAACUAAAUGAUAAAUCACGUUUUAUAUGCGAUUUUGUGCGUACAACUACUUGUGAACACGUACUUUAUUUUUUUACUUUGGUGAUAAAGAAAUCGCUCAAAUUUGUGGUAUGUUUGACUACAAAGAGCUUAAUGUUUUUUGUUUUUUUAUUUUCUAAUCACUGUAUGUUUAUUUUUAGUUUGAUUCUUUUUUGUAUUUAAGGUGUAAGUGACUGUCGAACUCUCACUAUUAAAAAUAUUUUUUUAAA